UAUAACUAUUUUACAAUCAUAUCAAUAUUAUUGAAGAAAAUGAUUUGGUAAAUAGCGACUUUGGCGUUUUUAUAGUUUUGAAACAGCUACUAAUUUUUAGCCACCCAUCUGUCAAUAGUGUCAAUUACCUAACCUAAUUUCAUACUUUAAAAAAACCCGCAUUGUGGUCGGCUUGUUAAGUUUUGUUGUACAUAUUUUUUAUAUUUAUUUAUUUAUGACAUACGAGGUCGUAUUAAGAAGUUUUAAUUUGUAAAAAAUAAACAUGAAGAUAAUGGGAGCAUUUUAUUUGUGAAACUAGAACUGAAGAUUUUUUUAUUACAUUAUCGAAAUGAACUUCUCCACCCUUUGUGAUUUCCUGGACUCCGUCAGGAGCGCCAAAGGCGUACCAGAAAAAUCCAAACUAACCAAAACCUUCGUCAAAUCUCUCCGUGAUCAGCAGCAAGACCUAUUUUCCGUGUUAAGGUUAGUCGUGCCAAAGUUAGACCGCGAGCGGCCUUCCUACCGCCUAAAAGAGUCCAAAAUCGCCAAACUAAUAAUCAAAAUGCUAGACCUGCCCAACGGGGGCGACAAGACGGUGCUACAGAAGGGCAUCGCGGGCACAACCGUCGAUUUCGUCGACGUAAUUCACUCAGUUUUGCAAAAAUACAUCGUCAACAAAGAAAUCGGUCUGAGCAUUCGCGCCAUAAACGACUUCCUGGACCAAAUCGCAAACCGGUCCAGCGAUUCGGGCUUGGACGACCUCGUCUUGCAAUUCCUCCUCAAACUAUCGCCACGCAACAUAAAGUGGCUCAUUCUCAUCAUUCUCAAAGACCUCAAACUCGGCUUUGGCGACAACUCGAUCUUGAACUGCUUCCACCCGGACGGGGCCGAUUUUUUCGCCACGAACAGCAACUUGAGGAACUUUUGCGACCUUAUUCGCGACCCCCAAGUCAGGCUGAACGAGCUGGAGAUAAAUGUUUUCCAGGCGUUUAGACCGAUGCUUUCAAAACGGUGCGACGCCGCCAACUUCAAAAAGUGCUUCCCCGAGUCGAAAACUUUCAUCAUUGAGAAUAAGUUCGAUGGUGAAAGGUUUCAACUGCACAUGGCUGACGGCCAGUUUAGGUAUUUCUCGCGGAACGGUUUCGAUUACACUGACACGUACGGGGCGUCUUUCACCGCGGGGAUUUUCACCCCGAAGUUGCGCCCUGUUCUUGGCCCUGAAACCAAACGGGUGAUUCUGGACGGGGAGAUGAUGCUCUGGAACAGGGAAACGCGCAGUUUCGGGUCCAAGGGGAUGAACUUGGAUGUGAAAAAAUUGGGGGAGGGCGGAAAAUACCAACCUUGUUUUUGCGUCUUUGAUAUUUUGUUGCACAACGACCGGGUUUUGACCAAUCAGCCGCUGUUUAAGCGGCUGAAGUGCCUCAAAAGUGUGGUCAAAAACCCGGUGGAAGGCACUAUUGUUGUGAGUCAAUACAGUGAAGCCAGUUCUUUGGGUGAUAUCGUCGAUGCUUUGAAUUCGUCGGUUGAUAAUAACGAGGAAGGGAUUGUAGUUAAAGACACCAAAUCGGUUUACAAAUGCAGCGACCGGAACAGCGGUUGGUUUAAGGUCAAAAUGGAAUACUUCGACGAUGUUGUUCACGAUUUGGACGUGAUUUUGAUGGGGGGUUGUUACAGUUCGGGCAAACUCAAUUCUUUUUUUGUUGGGGUCAGUUCAGGGGCUAACACCUACUUGUCCUUUGGGAGAAUCUCGUCCGGUUUGAGUGACGAGCAGCUCGACCUUUUGGCCGAAAAAUUUCAGUCGAAAGGGGUUGAUUUCAAGUCAUUUUCAACCGAGAGCGAGGGCAAGCUCCAGUUCGGCCGUGACCGCCCUGACCUCUACAUCGAGCCCCACAAUUCGUGCAUUUUGCAAAUCCGAGCCACUGAAUUAAUCCGGACCACGAAUGACACGGUCAAGUGUCCCUACACUUUACGUUUUCCCCGUGUUUUGAAAAUCCGGGACGACAAACCGGUCGAUGAGUGCUUCUCAAUAAACGAGCUCCUCGAACUCGCGGGCCAGAACAAGCCCGUUAUCAAACUGAACAAAAGACACAUCGAACUCUCUGAAAUAAGCGCCAAGGCAAGACCGGCGAAAAAAAUCAAGCUUGAGGUCAUCAAGUCGGAUUUGUUGACCGAAUCCGGGGAUUUUUUAACCGGAAAGCGCUUUUACGUCGAUUCCGGGACCCAGAAGUGGGGGCUUGAUGACAUCUACCACGCGAUCAAGAAAGCCGGGGGUGAGGUAAGCUACCGCGUGGAACCGAACGUUGAUGUGAUUUUGGUGUCGAAAGUUGGUAAAAAAGUGGCCGAGCUGAUGAAACAACCCAAUCAUUUUGAUAUAGUCCACGUUGAUUGGCUGCACCGCGUUAUGGAAUACCGGGAGUUGGUGGACUACAAGCCGGGGGAGAUGUUCUACAAAGGGGCUAAUUUUCGGAGAGACGUUGGCUCAGAUUCGGAUAGAUUUGGCGAUUCGUUCCGUGAGGAAGCGACGAAAGAGUCGCUAAAGUGUGCGGUACGGGUGAUGCAAGAAGCGGGCGAUUUUUUGAAUACAAACGGGGCGGUUUUUUGCGGCGAUAAGCCGAGUUUUGGUGAUUAUGUCGCGUAUUUUGAUUGUUUCGAAGAGAUUAAUAAUCCGCGUUCCAAACGCAUUUAUUAUUCGCUUCCAGAUGAAGCGGAGUUUGAGUUUUAUAGUGGUACUGUGGUUAAAGAGAUAACGGCGCAAGUUAAUUUGAUAAUAAUUGCGGAAAAUAACGAGGAUCGUGUCUCAAUUGUUAGUGAUUUUUUGGCAAAUGAAGGACUCGGGACGGUUGAUAUUGUGUCGAAAGAUUUCUUGUACAGUCGCAUUUCUAGUCAAAAUUAAGUCUUUCAGUGAUUUUUAUUGUAUUUUCUUUGUAUAUUUCGUAAUUGAAUAAACUUUUACUAAUAGA